AUGCCCAACAGCGCUGGAAAGAGAUUUAAACCCACCAAAUACAUCCCAGUAUCCACUGCUGCCACUCUCCUGGUGGGAUCGACCACUUUAUUCUUCGUUUUCACGUGCCCCUGGUUGACGAAGGUAAUCUCUCCCGCUGUGCCGCUCUACAAUGGCCUCGUCUUCCUCUUCGUGUUGGCCAACUUCAGCAUGGCAACCUUCAUGGACCCUGGCGUCUACCCCCGAGCGGACGAGGACGAGGACAAGGACGAUGAUUUCCGAGCGCCGCUCUACAAAAACGUGGAGAUCAAGGGCAUCCAGGUCCGCAUGAAGUGGUGCGCCACCUGUCACUUCUACAGGCCGCCGCGCUGCUCACACUGCAGCGUCUGUGACAACUGCGUGGAGGACUUCGACCACCACUGCCCCUGGGUGAAUAACUGCAUCGGGCGGAGGAACUACCGUUACUUCUUCCUCUUCCUGCUGUCGCUGAGCAUCCACAUGCUGGGCGUCUUCUCCUCCGGCCUCAUCUUCGUCCUCCACCACCGAGAGUCUCUGGCAGCGCUGCACACCACCGUCACUCUGGUGGUGAUGUGCAUCGCGGGGCUCUUCUUUAUUCCAGUCCUGGGGCUCACUGGCUUCCACAUGGUGCUCGUAGCCCGAGGGCGCACCACCAACGAACAGGUGACGGGGAAGUUUCGUGGAGGAGUAAAUCCCUUCACCAGAGGUUGCUGUGGCAACGUGGAUUAUGUCUUAUGCAGUCCCCUGGCACCAAGGUACAUGUUGGACCCCAAGAAAAAGCCCCAUGUCAAAAUUCAGCCCCCGUUCAUCAGACCUGACUUUUCAGAGAGACAGAUCACCAUCAAGAUCAGCGACAACGGCAUCCACAGCACCAUCAUCAGCUCCAAGUCUAAAACCAGUCUGGAUGGUCUGGAUGAGAAAGAAAUGCAGCCGCCGCUGCCGCCCAAAGCCGAGCGCUACAACCAGCUGAAGGGCCAGCUGACCUCCAGCGAAGAUAGUUCUCUCUCUGGUAAGACCCACCCUUUGACUCCAGCCAUGUACAAGUUCAGACCGUCCCUUGGCACCAUGCCGAAAGUCCACUACCACCCCGCUGGAGAGAAGAUUGUCAUGCCAGAUGAGCGGAAGACCUCGGCCAUCUUGGAAGAGGGCGUCCGCGGUCACGACUACCGAUCCGAGCCGAACCUGGACCUGCCGGAGUACACCAACGCCCCGCUCCACCGCACCUUCCAGUCCGACCCCCACCAGCUGGACUCCGACCCCCUGACCUCCCGCUCCCUCAGCCUGAAUCAGGGUCAGCGGCGUCUGGAGACGGGUCAGCCGCAGACCCUCACCUCCACCCCGUACAAGAGCGUCUUCUCCCCCAACACGCUGUCCAACCGCAACGGCAGCCUCUCCUACGACAGCCUGCUGAACCCCAGCAUCUCUCCAGCGGCCCCCCCCAGCGAGUGCCCGUCCCACCGCGGGAUCCCCUCCAGCGGCUUCCACUCGCCCUACCUGCCCACCAAAAUGUGCCACAUCCGGGAAACGGACAUGCAGAGGCACCAGGUUUCCUCCGCCUACAGUCCGGUGAUGCACCAAAGAGCGGUGGGCCGGCAGCCCUCCCCUCACCUGCGGGACCGCGACCCGUCCCCCGUGCGCUACGACAACCUCUCCCAGACCAUCAUGGCCUCCAUCCAGGAGCGGAAGGACAUGGAGGAGCGGGAGAAACGGCAGAUUAUUCACGGGCGCUCUCAGACCCACAUCUACGCCCAGGACUCUGGCGUGUUUGACGGGGGUUACGGUUUACCCCCGAGUGUUUGCUACCCGGACGGGCCUCGUGGCUCCGUCUCCAGAGGCCCCACACCUCCCGCCUACGGAGGGUCCCGGGACAACCUGAUGGGGGUCGGGCUGGUGAGUUAUGGGCAGCGAGCCCCAGCGUUACGCUCCACGCUGGGCCGCGCCCCCAGGACUUCCUCCACCUCCCUCCACACGGAUCACAGUAGCAGCAACAGCAGCCAGAGCAGGGCCGCCCCCCCCGAGGGUCUCUACCGCUCCCCGGCCCACCAACCCCACUCCCCCGCCAUGCCCCGAUCCCCCUCCUACUCCCACCAAAAACUCUCCUACAUCAGUGCCCUAGAGAGGACAGACUCCCCUCGUCUGGGGGGCCCAAGAGAGGCCAUGAAAGUAAACGGGCAGAUGGACUGUCCCACCCUGAGCCCCAGCCGUCACAGUAACGUCAAAAAGGUGACGGGUGUAGGAGGCACCACGUAUGAGAUAUCAGUGUGAGACGAUCCACCUCCAACGACCGCCCUCAAUAUCUCAAUAACAUGGGGCAACAGUUAUUGUCCAAUCAGAGGAUCUGUCUGCCCUUCUGUGGGUCCGUCUAGCCAAAUGCCUGUGUGUGUGUGUGUGUGAGGGGUUGUUUGUCAGAUACAGUGUGUGUAAGGAGUGUUUUGUUGUUAACAUUUUGUGGCGCAUCAUCUUGGUGGUUAAAAGUGGACUGUUAAUGUUAUUACUGUUGUCUCUGAGCUGUGGUCAUGGAGCGAAUGUUGAUCCGAAUGUCUCACAAACUUUGCUGAAGGCUGAACAAAAACCCACGAUUCAACACCGACAUCCCGACCAUGGAGCUCUGUGAGAAAACACAUUUUUUUUCUGAGUGGAUUGACCUCAAGGUGCUUCACAUUAACGUGUACUUUUCAUGCCUUCUCCAGAGUAUUAGUAUUAUUUGAGAAGUGAUGGAGGAGGGGUCAUUUAGAUCAGCACCUCAUGCAUAGACACAAGUGAUGAAUAUCUCAGAAAGGGGGAUAUCGAGAAAGGGAAGUCGUAUCAUAUCAUGUCUGGUGGUUGCAAUCAAAAUCCAUUGAGAUUUAGCAUAUAGAGUGGUGCAGUGAUGACAUGUGUUGUAGGCUAACCCAGAAGUUAGCAUCGCAAGGGGUCCCUGGAUAAGGGGAUUGCUCCAUUGGAUUCAAGUUUGUUGCAGAAAAUACGAUCUAUGGCAAACACACAUUUAUGAUACUUUACACGUGUUGUUUAGCAGGGUCAUCGCCACAUAUUAACACCACUUGACGAUCAUAUGGCUGUUGCAUGGCUGUGCAUUACCUGUGCUAAGCUAAAGGAUGACGCAAGAUUACGUUUAGUAGUUUAUAUCGUCACUUGUUGACAUCUGCAGGGGGUAUUUAUUUACUGAUGUAUUUUAUGUUUUGAACGUCUCUUCAGCUUGUGUUGACUACAGACCUUAUUUCAGCGGUCAAACCAAAAACACUUUCAAAAUGGCUAACUUGGAGACCAGGAAGUUUUAAAAUACUAACUAAUUUCCGUGUUUUAGGACUCAUUCCUGCACCACUCUUGAUUACACAGCUAAAUUGAAUACUUGAUUCUGAUUGGUCAAUUUGGACAUUCAACAGUCUGUUCUUUUUCGAUAGCAGACUGCUGCUCUGAUGAAGGGACUAUGUGCAGUCGUAUUCAUCUGCGGGAAGAAGCCCGGUCAAUUUUACGUCAGUUGUUGCAAAAAAAAAAAAAAAUUAGUGUCCCGCCUUCACAAAAAACACUGUGGAAUACUAUUUGAAUAUUACAUUUUAUAUUUGUGGUUAGCACAACACUUUGGAUCCAUGAUGACUAAAUUGUUCCACGUAAAUGCAACAGAACAAAAGCAAGAAAACUAAAUCUAUAGUGCGAGUCAAAUUGUUGAUUUCUUUAGUGAGCAGCCGUGUACUAAGCUGGAUAAUGGGCAACCUGUCUCAUAUAUGACUGGCUCAUUGCAUUUAAUUCCUGACAUGGUUCAUUUCAUCAAAAUUAAGUUUCUCAGGACUGAAUGCAACCAGCAGAGAUGCUACAUGAUAGGGUUUGAUUAUACUAGCCCCUUGUAUUCCCUUCUUAAAGGUGCAGUACAUCGUCCUCUGUUUGUUUUAGUGGAGUUCAGUCGGGUGAUUUCAACACGACACGAGUGCAGGACGGAUAGAUUCUGUUCUGAAAGAUAACAUUACCUCAUCACAAGAGUCAGAACGAGUCCAGCCUUGCACAACCAAAACGAUUUUCUGUUUUCUGUCUGAAGAAAAAAUAAGAAAUUGUGUUUAGUUUGUUAGUUGUUUAUGUUAUAAUCAUAGGAAUGGAAAGAGGUGUACAAGCCAUCGUCCCAUGUAGUGAAAUGAAGAUAACUGGUUGCUUAUUCAUUAUUCUGUUUCUAUUUUUUUUUUUAUGGGUUUGUUUCAUUUUUAUAUAGCCAACCUUUCAAAAGCUAUGUUUGAUACAUCUUUUUUUAUACACUUUACUAAGCCUGGAAUGGAUGUUUUUAUUUUGAGUGGAGUUUUUUUUUCUUAAUAAAUUAUAAAUUCAGUAAAUAAAUGAAGUCAUUAUAAGAAGAAAAGUCAAUGUUCUGCCUUGAAGUGUAUAAGAAAGGAUUAUGAAAUGUUAUUACAGGAUAAGUGAUGUGAGGAAGGGAAAUGUGUGCACAUAUUGGGCUUUUAAUUGAAGAUGCCUUGAGAUUUCAGUGCCAAAAAGUGACUACACACCCCCUUAAUUUCUCAAAGACGGUGAAUGGGUGACAUCAGGAAGACUGAAAAUGUCAAAUGAAUUUGCAGCAGCUGUCUGGUACAGCUCCAGUAUCUCCUGCUACUCAGAGAUACAAAACCUUUCUCUUUUGUUGCUUUAAAGUCUAAAAUGUUUUAUUAAUUUUUACCAUUAAACAGACUAGUAUUAUGUAAGUGGAAGGUUUUAAUUUGCAUGAACUGAAUAUGAAAGAAUAAGCCAGAAUUGACAUGGAUGUUGGAAGUGGUGGAUUUGGUCCGACUGCAAUUUGCAUGACAAAUAAACCAUUGUUGCCUUUUGAGAAGAUAACGCAUUACUGGUUGAAAACUAUUGUACACUAUGGGGCAAUGAAUUACCGUUAGUGUUAUGUAUCAAGCAGUAAAUGGAGCUAAAUAGGACUGGGUAACAUUUAAAGGGACAGUUCAGCACAAAAUCUAAAAUAUGAAUUAAUAUCCUCUUACUUGUUAUGCUAUUUAUCAAUUAAGAUGGUUUGGAUUUACAUUAUAUGCGAGAGAAGGCCGAUAUUUUCAUAGCCAUUUCUCACGACAAGACAAUCUAAAUUGAUAAAUGGCACUACAGGUAAAAGGAAAAUAUGAAUUUGGCGGUGUACUGUCCCUUUAAGAGCGGAUGGUUCUGGAGGAAAGGCGGAUGUACACGGUAAAGGAAAUUGAAUCACUUUUUCAAGAAUAUGUUUUCUUCCCGUUUCUGGUGCAUUCAUCCUUUCCUUUGUCCAGAGAUCAGGGUGCAAAGGUCAAUAACUGAGGUAGUGAGUGUUCCCCCUACUAAGGUCUCACCCAGCUGCCUUACCAUGAACACAGUAAUGUUGAGAAACAGGAUAAUAAUCUAUAUAAGUCAUGUAUUUUUGAAUUGUUGUGAGGCUGAAGUUUGAAAGGAUGUUUUUUGGGGAGAUCUGAUGGGUUUUUUGUCGGUGAAACUGCAAACUGGAUCGUAAUGAAAUACCUGAGUUUCUGAAAAUAAGAGUCUAUCACAAACACAUAUCGAAACACGAUCGAUGUCAUUCCUCUUUAAGAUGACUGCCAUUAGUCCAACGUUCUUUUAUUUGGGGAUGGACAUCGCUGCAGGUCAGGGAGCAUUCCUGACAGUCAGAAAAAAGUAAUCUGUUUCAUUUAUCAGCCGCGAGUUGAUGUGUUUUCUGAAGCUCAAAUAGAAAGAUCAUUAUGUAUUAAAAUAUAGAAUAUACUAUAAAUGUAAAUGCGUUCCUAUUUUUGUGAAGAGGAAAUAUUUCCCAAUGAGCAGAGUAAAUAAAAGUGUUCAACUCUU